UUUGAAUAACUCGUGUAGCAGACGCCGUCACACGUACAACGCGUACCGUGUGUGGCGGCUAUCAACGUGUUGUCAGUUGUCAACGUUUGUACCUAUAUUUAUCACUUCAUCAAUAGUACACCUGUCACACGUCAACUUUGUUGAAUGGUAUCUGUUGUUACACGAUAAAUCAGUGCAGGUCUGUGUUCGUUGACUCACUGUCGAUAUUUACAUAAUAAUAGUCGAAAUAUGAAAGUUAGCAUUUGGUUUGUUGUCAUGUUGGGGUGUCUUUUCCCCCAAAUAAACAUUGCAGUGGAAGACGGAUACAGCAGCAGUGACGGUACGGAAUACGAACCACGUUCUCCAUUUAACGACAUCUACGGGAGUGACACAAAUCAAGGAUAUGGAGUCUUCAAUGAACCCGGAACGACUCACGAUCUCCCAAUCAUUUUGUGGUGGACGGAUACAAUCUUUCCACAUUUUGGAGGAAAGUCCGAUAAAUAUGUUAUUCAGUGUGGAGAUGUUUCAUGUUAUACCACAAAGUACAAGAAGUAUGCCAAGUCGAAACGGACAAGAGUGUUUAUGUUUUAUGGUACUGACAUUCAGCCCGAGCAAUUACCAAUGCCAAGGCGUGCGUAUCAUGAAUGGGCUUUAUUUCACGAAGAGUCACCGCUGAAUAACUACAUUUUGUCGCAUACUCCAUUCAUUGAGCUGUUCAAUCACACUGCAACGUUUAGAUCGGAGUCAGAUUAUCCACUGACGAGUCAGAACAUAUAUCAUGUAAGCUAUCUGACGGACAGGAAACCAGUCGAUCUUGUUAAAAAAAACGAGGCAAAGAAAAGUAUGAAGAUGGCAUCGGUUUUGUACGUCCAGUCUCACUGUGAUGUCCCUUCGGACCGUGAUCGUUACGUGAAAGAACUGAUGAAAUACAUUGAUGUCGACUCGUAUGGGGAGUGUCUACAUAAUAAGGAUUUGCCAGAACACCUGAGAGACCCAGCAGAAAAUUAUGAAAAGGAUGAAUUCCUGAAUUUUAUAUCUCAGUAUAAAUUCCAUCUCUCGUUUGAAAAUGCCAACUGUAAAGACUACAUGACCGAGAAGCUUAUGCGACCGUUGUAUGUAGGGUCUGUUCCCAUUUACAAAGGGUCAUCAUCAGCUAAAGAGUGGAUGCCAAACAAUCACAGUGUGAUUAUGGUUGACGAUUUUUCAACGCCCGAGGAACUAGCUGCUUUCAUUAAGGCUGUUGAUGCUGACGAUACGGAAUAUGAAAAAUAUCUAGCGUUUAAAAACACAGGAAUUACAAACCAGUUCCUCUUGAAACACCUGAAGGAGAGGCCAUGGCAUGUUAACGAAAACGGAGGUUUUGAUUAUUUCCGAGGAUUUGAAUGCCUGGUCUGUAAGAGGGUUCAUGAGCGUUUAAAUUUCGAGAAAGAUCAAGAAGACGAGCCGGACAUUCCGUUACCAUCUCCAAGAGUUGCAAAAUAUUCCCAUUUAGGCUGCCCGCAGCCUUAUCCCUCCAUCGGACACCCUGGUGAUAUUCCCAAAAAUGACAUAUGGCAUAAAUCGGACUGGAUCAGCCAAUACUGGGCGGACUACGACAGAGCACGCGCUGCCCGAAACAUGGUUUUAGCAAAAGAGAAAGACUCCAAGAAUUUUUUCGAUUAUUACGAAAAGGUUAUGCAAAAAAAGGCAUAAAGACAUUAAAACUCGAUAUAGUAUUUCGCAGGUGGAAUAUUGCAUAAUGAGGGGUUAAAUUGCAAACAAUUGUUAAACAAAGUGUUCUAUUUGUACCAUAUUCAACUAUGAAAUUAAAACAUUAGAAGGUAGAAGCAUAUAUUUUUAAAACAAUUCCGUUUUAUAAUUUUCUUAUGUACUUUCCAUUGUUGUACAUUAAUAAUGGUGCAUUUUAAUGAAUAAUGACACUAAAGUUAACUUUAACAUGUGCAUUGUAGCCCAACCUUGUACAGAUUCAUGUGGUUGAUGUAACCUGAUAUUUUCACAUUAACUAUUAACGAUAAUGAUUUUGAUACAGCUGUUUCUGUGAUGCACUUGUCACUGUAUCGGGUUUCUAGCAUGGCGCAUGUGCGACCGUUCAUGCUGAAACGGCACCGAAGUGAAGAGAAAUCCGCCCACUUUCCCUUUUGAAAUGAGCCAGGAUAUCCAAACUUUACCGACUUCAUAGUACAUGUACUUAUUUUUUUAUCUUAUAUGCUUUUGUGUUUUUGUGUUAUUUACACGUUUACUCUACUCUUUAUGAGAAAUUACUCUCGGCAAACAACUAUUUUUUACUGUUAUUUUGUCCCUGAUUCAGAAGCCCAUUGAGUGCUGAGAUCACAUUUUUGUGUGCAAACAGAAUUUAUUUGAGUAUAUCACCUUAUGGGGAGAGAUUAAAUAAUUAUAAGGUGAUGUCAAGAGACUUUUCACAUAGGCCACCCCAGAGAACUUAACCCUGUAGAACCUUGAUGUGUGGUGGAAAAUAUGUUAUGAACUCGUCGAAUAAUUCCAUUUAUUGUUGUCUUCCAUGUUUAUGCCCUUUUAUUCAAAUCCCACCAGACAUAUUUGAGAGUUUCUCUUCAUGAAAUAAAAGUCAAAUGAACAAAAUAGAGGGCAACUAAACCCAACUCAUUGUCUUCCACCAUCAAAUCUUUCAUCACCAAACUCAAGUUAUACACAUUUUUAUCUUCUUGGUGUCGGGGUUUUGAUUUUUCAGUUUUAGCAAUUGAAAUACCUCAUUAGAACAGGCUAGCCAAAACUAAGGUCUGAUUUUAAUUAAGUUGUAUCUGAAAAGAUCCCUGCAAUAUGUGUAUGCGCAAAAUGUAAUAAUCAUAUGCAUUACAUUUGAUUGAAGACUCUUGUAAAUAUUAUAUUAUUGAGACCACUAUACAUAUAUACAUAUGCCCAGAAUGUAACCUGUAAUUGAAAUCAAAACAUUUUGAUUUUAUUAUGUUAAUAUAUGAAUACACUGUUAACCAGAAUAAAAGGGAAGUUGCAAAAAGACUA